UGUACAGUCGUCGAAAAACUCUAUUAAAAAUUUGUUUUGUUGGUACGCGGCAAUUUAAGUAACCAAUUGUCCACUUGCGUUCCGAUCGGAAUCGCCAUCGUAUAGCGAUAGUAUAUAGGAAAGGACGAUUCCAGACAACCAAACGCUACCGGAUAACCAGGCGCAUUAUGGCCAAGCUGGGCAAGAAGGUGGCAGAAAGUAAGCGCAGGAACGGAGUUGCCGCCGAGAGCGAAAACGAGGAUAAGGAUCAGCAGGGGUCCAAUGGGAACAGCAGCUCCUCCAAUCCCUCAGGCAGAUUGUCCAAGAGGCCGGCCAACAAACGCAAGGCUCCACUGACAGUGGCCUCUGGAAGCGAAGACACCGAUGACCAGUCCUCCAACUCCAAUGUCGCGGAUGUAACAGCUCCCAGGAACAAGCGCAAGGUGGGCAGGGGCAGGAAAGCCACCACUUCAGCCGGCAAAAAUGGUAAAAAGGUCGCUGUAGCGGAUUCAGUGGGCUCUGGAACCGAGGACAGCGAUGACCAGUACUCCGACGCCGCGGAUGUAUCAACUCCCAGGAACAAGCGCAAGGUGGGCACAUCCAGAAAAACCACUACUUCGGCCGGCAAAAAUGGUAAAAAAGUCGCUGUAGAGGAUUCGGAGGACGAUGCCAAUGAUUCGGAUGUGGACUUGAGUGUCGACGGCUCGUCAAAGAAGACAGGGAUCAAACGCAAGUCACGACGAUCAGUGCGCCCGGGAACCGAAGAUAGCGAUGACCUGCCCUCCACCUCCAAAGCCGCCGCAGACGCAUCUAAUCCAAUCAAGAAGCGCAAGCUGAGCAGGGCUAAGACUUCUUCCGCCAAAAAUGGCAAGAAGGCCGCUGAAGAGGAUUCGGAGGUCGAUGACGAUGUGGAGAUCGAGGAAGACCAAUCACCCCAACCCCAGAAGGUUGUAGCAAAAUCAAAGGCCACGCAAAAUGUUAAAAAAACCAAGGCUCGAGGUCGACCGACCGCCGGUGCCAAGAAAGUCGACGCCACAACCGAUCCAGAAAAGGAAUGGGAAGUGGAAAAAAUAAUUGAUCACGUAGUCACGAAGGAGGGCGACAUGUUCAAGAUCAGAUGGAAAAAGUAUGGACCCCAGGAUGAUUCCUGGGAGCCAAGGAAAAAUCUCGCGUGCGACGCAUUAAUCGAGAAGUUCAUGCGGGAACUACUAACCCAGCAGAACGUGGAUGUCAAGGAGCUGCGCGAAUCGCCCAAGAAGACCGAGCGACUCGUCGAUGAAUGCUAUCCCAGGACAAAUCUACACAAUCGCAUUGAACGCUCCUCGAAGCGGUCAGCCGCCAAAAACCGAAUCUUUUACGGCGAGGAUUGAGAAAGGGCAACGGCCCUGCUCCUUAAAGUUAUCGUCAGCGGAGGCGGAUCGUGUAGGAUUUUAGUACACUUUUACCUUUUUUUUUGUUGGCAUAGAUUCAUAGAUUCUAAUGACGCGUGUGGACCGGUGUACGUGGAGAGGUGUUCCAUGGCGGAUCCAGUGGAUUUUAACAAACACUUUCCUUAUUCGUCAUUGGUUUUAAAAAAGCUCGCUGGCGGAGCCAUCCACCUCAUGUCCAUAUUUCUGACUAUUGGCAGACACCUUCGCAGGCAACACAUUACACAAUACUAAAUUCGGAUUUUAGCUCAUAAGUAAGGACUGGCGAACGAUUGCAGCAUAGAGCAUAUAUAUAUGUAGUAUUAUAUCUGGUUCGGCUGCACUCAACCAGCGUAGAAUGUAAGCCUAAGUUUCCGUAGUUUUAAUUCUAUCCUGAGUAAUUGAUGUCCCUGUGGGCCAAUUGCCGCAGCUGAAAAUAGCCUCUUAACUACUCUUCCAAUCAUCUCAAUUCAUAAUAUACGUUCAUACCAACAUAUGCAAUAGUACACACCAAGUAAUAACAUAAUAAUUAGCAAGGAAAC